UCCGCCAUGCAUCUUGGAUCAAUUUCGAUUUUAAUUCUUUCUUUAGUUAUGUUUGACUUUGAAACUCAAGCAAUCAAUGUGUGUACACGUGUUUGUCAACAAGAAAUGCAAACAGCAAGCGAGGAAGCAGAAGCGAAGUGUGAGACAGAGAAACAGGCACUGAAGGAUGACGUCAUCAGAAUGGCGACGAACAAGCAGAGGAUUCUAGCGCGCCAGCUAGCCGAAUGUCUUCUAUUAAACUCCGUCACUUGUCCUACCGACUCCAACUGUUUUUGGGACUCGAUUGUCAACAUUUGCAUUCCUAGAGAAUUAGCUUUAUAAAAAAUUUAUGAGAUAACCGAUAGUUUUGGACAGUAACUGUUGUACUUGAGAAUGGAAGAUACUUUCAACUUGUAAUCUUAUACACUCACAUAGAAAAAAACAUGUCAUGUGCACUAUCCAAAACAUAACGGAAAUAUGCAUUCCAAGUCUAUCUGCAUAGUGGAUGCAUCCUAAGAUGCACUUUUUCCAUUUGUUAAUAAAAGUAUAUACUAGUA